CGCCGUGCCGUGCAGUUCGCCGGGCGAUCAUACGUUCAGCAGCAGUAGUCCAGUCCAGUCGGAGCGAACCGGACCGGUCUUCGCGCAACACGACAACGUCGCAGAACAUUUUUCGUAAUAUCGUCAAGGUAAGAGUUUUUCUUUCUUUUUUUUACGAAUAGGUUUUUUUUUUUAAAAUUAUUUUUUAACUUUAUUAUUAUUUUUUUUUAUUGGGCGAUAUAAAUAGAAACCGGGUGUUUUUUACAUUUCAAACGAUAUUACAGCGCACUGCAAUAAUAAUUAUACGUGUUCGGUUUUUUUUCUCUCUUCUCGCAUUUCGAUAAAGUCCACCCGUUAUUACAAUACAGUAUAGUUAUUAAGUAUAGAUUUUAAGUACUAUUUUUAUUAUUAUUUUUUUUUUAUAUAUAUAUUAGUCGUCGCGAACUUCAUUAUAAUGAUAUUAUGUGCCCAUUGUGUCCCACCGCCGCCGUAGUCUCCGCCGCGGGGAAGAGAAAGUACCCAUCUACCGCGAGUGUGUACCCGCGUACCAAACCGAAAUAUAAUAAUAAUUUUUUUAUUCCGGCCGACCGCGAUGGUGUUUUUUUUUUCUCUACGAUUUUUCUAGGUUAUAUACGGCGCGUAAUGACAUAACAGUUUUUUUCUAUUUUUUUUUUUUUUUUCCCAAUUUUUUCCUCCUACAUAUUUCCGCGCUCCGUAUUAUCAAUCGCGGUCGUCGUUCUAUUAGAAUAGGUAUUGUUAUACCUGUUCUUAGUAGGUGCGCAACCCAACGCCGCAAAAACCGACACAAAAUAAACGUACACCGCGACGAGAAAAAAAAAAUUAUCGGAAUUAUCGCCCGCCGCUCGAUUAUCGGUAUCCCGUGCCGGAUACUUUUGUCUCGUUUCUCCGGGCCCGGUACCCGUGUCGCAGCCCGUCUAAUUACACGGUGCCCACCUAUGACACUAUUACCGUCGUAGCCGUGCGCGGUUUUUCCAUUGUCCCGACGACCGUAUUAUAGUCCGCGGCAGCCGGUUUCAUGGGCGAGUGUCUCUCUCGGCCCGGUCCCGUCUCGUCGGAAAAUACCACUCUACUUGUAAUCACCGUCGUCAUCGUCAUCGUCGUUCCGACACCCGAUUCCCCGCGGCCAUUUUCCCGUAUACGGGCCUCUCCUCUUUUGUUACCAUUGUGUAUUAUGCGCGGCGCGGUGAUGAAACCGUCGAAACGUUCCGCGAAACACGGCGGCGGCUUUGGUUCGGUUUCGUCGCCGGGCACCGGACGCGCGAAUAAUCGCAAUGGCGGUGGCCGCGAACCAAGUCCCCUCGAGUCUCUUGGGCGGCGGCGGCGGCGGCGGCGAAAACCGCCCGCCCCGCGCGCGAACAUCCGCUCUUCCGCCCUUCCCCCCCUGUCCGUGACGACCCGGCCGGGCCCGCCAAGACGAAACCACCGUAGUCACUUUUAUGAACUUGGAACACUUGGAAAAUUUUACACGUCUUUUAAGCCCAAGUGACAAUAUCAAUAAUUGUAUUAUGGUAGUUUUGUCACCGGUUUUCGGGUCCGACCGCGCGCACUCGACGGCCGGGCGGUCGUUUUUCGAUUUUCGUCCAGGUCCAGCGGUUUUGGAUACAGUUUUGGGUACGGGUGGUCGAAACCGAUCGCGCCGCGACAAUACGAUCGUUGUGUUUAUUCAUUUCGCGUUUCGGUUAGCGCCGCUAGAAUUUCCGGUUCGGUUGUCGGGCGCGUCGUGAUGUCCACCGGUUUUGUCCGCGAUAGUAUUGUCACAGUCCGUAUAUUUUCCGCCUCCGCCCCGUCGCGGGUAUCGACCGCGAACGCGUUUUCAAUCCUUCUGACCCGUUUCCGAUGACGUAUCCGUUACGACUUAAGACAUACGCGUAUUCGGCCGAAAUCCGAUUCGAAACACACGUCCGAUACCCGGUUUCGUUCAGGAGUUUAUUCGAUUGCGUUUGAUCGUUUUCGUCAAUCCGUUCGUCGUCUUCCGAUCUCGCCAUACCCCGGGCCCGCGACGACGACGUAGCGAAACGUCCGAGCGCCACGGUCGAGUUUUUUUUUUUCAUUGCGUUUCACACACUGACGGCGGUGCCGUCGGCAACGGUUGGCAGCACCGCGUUUAUCGUUUUCGGGCGUACGCCAUUAGCCAUCCACGACCACCCGCCGCCCACCGACGACCAACAAAGUUUCACCCUUGCAGCUUCUGUACCGCACUCACUCCCAUGUACUCGCGCGCCCAAGUUUUACCCAAGUUAUACCCGGUUAUCAUUAGUAUUAGUGUUUGCACGCGCGCACGAUUAGUUCGUAAGUUAAUAUUAGUAUCAUUAAGGGUUCUAUUCUGUUAUCAACGUUUUAUUUUCGACCGUCCACGGGACUGUGAACCGCGGUUAUCUAGAUCGGGCGGAGCGGUCCGACCCCCAGCCCCCCUCCCAUGUUUUUUCCGCCUCUUUGGCGAGUUAACACUCGCAUGUUUUAUCAUAUUAAAUCAAAAGCAUAAAUCCUUUCACGUUUUCGUAUACCGAAGAGUUUUUUGCAAACUCUGCGUGGACAUAGGUAAAAAAAAUUACCUUUAAAUAAAAUCAAAAUUAAAAACCCGUAUCCUUAGAAAAUCAUGCGUCGCUGUUUAACCUCGCCUAUACUGUGUUCGAUUGAUCAUCGAUCAUUCGAUAAUCGAAUUUCGACUGAAAAAUCGGCUUCUGAAACACAACAACUCCAAUCGAAAAUGUAUUUAUCGAUCUGAAUCCCGAAUUUUAUAUUAUGUACACAAGUGAUCCAAUCAUCUUAGUUAUGUACAGGAUGGCCCACGACUAUUGCAAUAUCAUGGAAAUUUUAAUUUUAUUUCGUGAUAUUUGUUUUAUUUUACAAAAGAAACGAAUAGAUAGCUUUAAAAUGUUACCUACAUUUUCAAUUUUUUUCUUCGUCCUUAUUUUUGGAGGUGAACUGACUAAGAACCUAUAUUUGAUUAUCAAACGCAACCAAUCUAUUACAAAUCCUAUAAACAGGCGGACUAUCAGUUGAAAUACAUUUCGGUGUUGAACAUUUUGAUUCGUUAACGGUAAUCAAAAAUGUCAACACCCAAAUGUAUUUAAACUAACACUCCGGUUCUAUUUAUGGAAUUUGUACUGUUAGUUGCCAUUUGAAACUCGGCAGUAUGUAAGUAGGUAUUCGGUUUAUAUUCGAAAAUGAGUGCGACAGAAAGUAAUGAUAAUGUAGCAUUGUAGUGUUAUCUACUCGUUUCUUAAAUUGUCAAAAAAAAAAAAAAUCUGAAAAAAGUUUAUACCUAUUCUCCAAGAUAACUUUAUAAUAUUUCCCUUUAUAAUAUGUAUUAAGAGGAUGUCAUCGCACCAUUUUUCUUUUUCUCUGUGUGACCCACGCAGGACAUGGCGAAUUUUCUUCAUGUACCUGAAGUGCUCAGAAUGAACUAUUGACCUCCAAUCAAAGUCCGAGAUUCUCGAUUGUCCCGCGUCUGUGUUUUUUCGUUAUGUCGAUUUUCAAGCGAGAUACAACUCGUGCAAAAUAUCGAAAUUUUUUAAAACGCCUCUUUUAUUUCGCUUAAAAAUUAUUUUGUCGAAAAACACCGACGCGAUACAUACGGAAUAUACGGUCUCGACUUUGGAUUUAAAUAACUGGCGUAGUUCGCUCAGACACUGAGCCUAACAUUAUAGCAAACACGUGUUUGUCGGUCGUCGCAAAUUUGCGCUAUCGUGUUGGGGUGUCGCAGAGAGAAAACAAAUGGCGUGGCUGUGACGUCCUCCUAAUCCGUAACGCGCAACGACUCUAUUAAUAAUAAAAAUUAAUGGCGUGUUUUUAAUGGAAACAAAAAAAAAAAAACUAAACAAAUGUUUCUUAGCCGCCCUCGGUAUUUAAUAUAUACGAAAACGACGUGUAAAAAUCGGCCUUUCGCAAAAGGUCGGACCCCGCUCCCGUUCUGGACAAUUGAUCUGGACGAUAAACCGCGGUUAGGUUAGGUAUAAACCGUGCAGCAAUGUCGGUAUGCACCGGGCGCGGACGUUCGCGCCAACAAUUCCGUGUUUUGUUUCGGCCGACGUCCGUUUUAGGUAAGUAUAUUAUUAUAUUGUAUUAUAAUUUCAGUAUACAAAUAAUAAUAGUAAUGUAACGUGACGUGUCAAAAUACGACAGUCGAGUUCUCUUCCGCGUGUCGGAGGUCUCGAUUAAAAAAACCGUGAAUUAAUUCCGCGUACGUGAACAUCCGUGUGUUCGUGUACGCGUGAAUUUAUUAUCCGCGUUCACCUGAAUAUAACUACAUACACGGGUGGGCGUCAUUAAGGGGUGACGAGGGGUAACCUAACUGCUAUCGCCCGAUGGCGGGGGAAGGCUGAUUAAUAACUACGUUGCUCUAUGAGUAAUUUUCUCAAAAAAAAAAGUAUAAUUUUCUCGUUUUUAUUUUGUUUCAUAAUGCCAUCGACACGAAUGCAAUAAUAAUUAUUAUACCGUCGGCUAUAUCGAACGUACCCAAAGAUCAGUCAACAGAAGAUUACUCAUAUUUCUGAAUGUAUUUUAUAGUUUUCUAUAUACGUACCUAAUUCUAAUGAAAAAUAUUGACUGGAACAAUUGAAAACAUUAUUCAAGAUGCUUACUAUCCCAUGAUUUUACUUAAAACGUGUUUAGGUUGGGUUUCACGUGAAAUGGACACCUCUAUAUAGUAAUAAUAAUUGUUGUUGGGUAGGUUUUAUUUUCCCCAGAGGUUUAUUGUAUUAUUUACAGCAGUUUUUUUUCUUUAUCCGUCUCCCCCGUACCACUGUGUACGCAUCGCAUUUCAACGAUUGCCACUAUAUGGUUGAAUUUAGGACCUAAGAUGAAUUUAAUGAAAUCGACCUCGUUAAUGAGUUAUUAAUGGUUAAAUUAUAACGGGCAUUUCUUCACGAUAAAAACAAAUCAUUCGGACUAGGACAUAAAAUGUGUAUAAUACUGGUACCUUUGUCCUAAACUAAACCGAGAACCUCAACAAUUGAAGUGCGAUGCGUAUUCGUUACUGUAUUACGCGUGAGCCGGACAAAGAAAACAAAUAAUGUGUAGAGGCACACCUCAAGAGGGCGUGUUACCCGGACGACAUAGUAGUGAAUUCGCAUUCAACGAGGACAACAUUGUGCCGUUAGUUUUGAUAUUAUAGUGAAUUUGACCUAUUAUUAAACCUAUCAAGACGAGAAUGUUAACUGAAAACAACGUUGACGAUAUUUUAAUGUCGUUUUAACUUUUAAUCGAGAUAUCAACAUUAUUGUAAUAUUUUUCCCGAUUAGAAAUUUGAAAUACCGAGAAAAAAAAACGCCAUAUUUACACGGAUAAUGUUCUCGUCUUUAAGUUUGAUACGGUUAGGUUAGGUUAACGCAAAUUUGCUAUGCCUGGUAUUAUCUUGAUGCUUUUUCUAUAUUACUAUACGCUCUGUAAGUGGCGUUAAUGGCCUUGCUGGGUGCAAGGGUAUUUUGCAAAUGCAUCCCGUGAAUUCAAUUUUUUAACACAUUUCAAAUAUGUAGAUACAGAUAAUUUUAUAGAAUUUUCAGAAUACUACAAUUAUUGUGUAAAUACAUUUCUAUAAAAAUCGUUUUUAAUGGUUUUAUCAUAAUAAUUUAGCGAUAAUUAUAUGUAAAUUAUUCGUAGAUUAGAACCGAUUUCGUUAUUGUCCAAGUUUUUUUUUUUUUUAUCAAAUUUAAUUUGAUUGAUAUCAGAAGACAUAAAAACAGCAUAAAUUAUAUUAUUGAAUAUGUAUUGGUAGUACAUAUUAUGGAAUUUUGUGAAUUUUUAAUUUUAUUAUUAAAAAUAUAUAAUGUAAUAAAUUCUUGUAAAGUUUUUUUAAAACUUAUAUAUUGAUCACGGGGACGUGGUCAACAUAGUGCACGGGCAAUUCUACUUACUACUUUGCUCGUUUAUUUUACAAAUAUUGAAUAUUCAAUGCAUUGAAAUAUUAUCUAUACACCGUUGAGUGCAGUUUGCGCAAUUUGUAUUUACAGUGUAAUUGAGUACCUACAUUUGUGCAUUCCUGAUUUAUUUAUGUUUAUUUAAAAUACAUAUAUGCACACUGAGAUAUAUUGAAAUAGGUUUUUGAAUAUUGUAGAUACUAUCAAUAAUCAAUAUGUUAAAAUUGAAAAAUAGAAUUUUAUAUGAAAAUGUAUUAAUUUUGUCCUUUAUAUGUGGUACACGAUCAAAGCGAGCUGCUUUACUAUUGAAUUUUCAAUAUUCGUUUAAAGAAAAUUAUGAAAUCACGCCCCCGGAUAUGAAUAAACGUUAUCUCGGAUACGAUUUAAGGUCUAUAUAGGUACCUUUUUUAAGCACGGGACCGAACGGGGAAAAUUCGACGUUAUUAUAUUUUAUAAAAUUCGAACAUUACCAUCUUGUGUUUCGUAUAGUUAACAAAGUGGAACCAAGAUACCGUGUUCUAUAUCACUUAAAACCCUUUAACCUUUAAUAACGGUUUGGCAAUCGUGUAGUAUAGAUAUCCAUUAGUUCUUUACGCAGUUUUUUCUCUAUAUAAAGACAAUAUAUGAACCAAUUAAAAAGAGUCUGGAUAACCCAAUCUACUAUAAAGACGGUCGUAUCCUAUACAAUUCCAACCAGACUGAACGAAAUAUCGUAGUUAUUAACCUACACGAAAGUAAUCCGUAAAAUUGGUUGACCACGAUUAGAAAACACACAUAUUAUUUAAAGACAAACGCGGUUUACCGAAUUGUUAUUCGAAAUACUUACUCCAUUUUUGUUCGAGACAUUUUUCGUACACGCCUGUUAUUUUAAGUUUUAACCAAAAUUAGAAGAAAAAAAACACUGGGUUUUUUCAAUCAAACACGCUUUUAUUCCUUAUAAUUUUUAACCGUUCAACCGUUAAAAAUCGGGUUUUAUUUAGAUUCAAAAACAUACAUUUUAAAUUUUGAUAAACGUUUUUCCUUCUGCUUCCUCAUCGCCUCCUACUAUUCUCGCUUUCCGUCACAUCGCCUAACUAAAAUAUUUGUAUUAUAUAUACCUACUACUAUAAAAUUUCUCUACUCGAUUAACGUUUAGAUUGACCUUCGGCCGGUUGUUAAAUAUUAUUUCCUUGAUUAUUUCGCUAAACAAAAAAAAAAAAAUGAAAUAAGUAACCUGCCGGGCUUAAUAUAAACAAAUAUUUAAAAAAAAUCAAAGAAUUAUCGAUAAAAUUAAAUCUAUCGAUUGUGACUUAUAAACUACACGGAAGAGAUGUGUUGAUAAGAGAAUGCACUCGCACCCCCAUUACAAUUUUCAUCUAUAAUUGGUCUAAGUUAAAUUUUGAUUUUUUUUUUAAAUUUUGUACAACCAUAUUAUGUAUCAAAAAUUUUGCUCAACAAUUAUACUAUGUUUUUUUUUUGGGGGGGGGAUGGGGGAUUGGCCUCGUUAAAUUUUUGCACUCCUGACAAUCCCAUUGAGCGAAUAUACUAUGAUUUUACUAACAGUAGUUUUCGAUAGUUCUCUGCCACUCACCUAUAUACUUACUUAACUAUAUACUCGUAUCUCAAAACCAUGUGUGAUUAAUACGUGAAACAUAACCGCCUAACAGUAUACAAAGUGAUCAAUCCCCGAACGACACUCGUUAUCUAUCUCGGAUAGUAUUAACUUUUUUAUUUUUUUCUUUAGACAGUUAUUUAAGAAACGAGUAGCUCUUAAAUUUUAGAUUACCGUUAUUUUCGGGAAUGAACCGAUUGCCUACUUUUGAUUUAUGAACAGUGACCUAUAUUAAAGAUACCAUUUAUAGACUGAGUAUUAAUUAAUACGUUUAGGUAUUGAAAUUUUCGAUUUUCGCCGACCCGUUUUGGUAGGGGAAGUAUGUAGUGAAUCAUUAUUUAUUUACGUAUGCUGGCGCAGUGCGCGGCUUGUGAAUUGUCCUCCACUACACACUUCCUACCUAAAUUUAUAGGUAGAAUAUCUCGUCAACCAUGUUGUUGACGAACAUUAUAACACUAUAGUCUAUUUAAAUUAAUGGUACUUUUCAAUACCCCAAUCUGUGUAUGAGAUUUUUAAUUUUUUAAUUUUUAAUUUUACCAGAAAUCUUGUUCCAAUUAAAAAAAUAAAUAACUUAGCAAUGGUUUUCAGUGCCUAUUCAGAUAUAAAUUUAAUAAUCUUAUGUGUCCUAAUUUCUCAACUUUCUAUUUGCAACAGUGGCUAUUGCACCCGUUCCCAGUAUCACUUCUUUUUUUUUUUUUUGCUAAGUAGUUAUUUUGUUUUAGAAGGUUCCCCCCAAAAUUCAAAUCUAAAUCCGUACCCGGUUAGGUGCGCCAUUAAAUUUCUACGUGACGACGUGUAAUUCACGUGGCUUUUUUUUCUUUUUCUACACGAGUGCUUUUGUACACCGCCAUUAUAUCUUUAUUGUACUGUACAUAGAUAAAAUACGCCUAAUAAUAUAAUAUUAUUAGAUAUACAUUUGUUACAACAAAACAUUUAGAAAGGCGUGACUGUAUUCUGAUUUUGUUACGGAAAAAUUGCACCGCGGACGUAUGCUUGAAAACCUAUAGAAAACCUAUAGAGCACCGGACGCCUAUUAAUUUUGUAAAAGUUUAGGUUGUGCCGUGUGUUAUUGUUUAUUACAUUGCUAUUAUAAUUCAUGUAUUCCUAAUGUAUUUACACGCCGCGUGUGCCAUAUUCGAAACUGUUUUUAAAAUAUACUUAUGACAUUUUAUAACUUGGUCGAUCGUAAAAUUUCUUUAAAAAAAAAAAAUAAUAAGUAAAAACUGACAUACUUCACACGAUGAUGAGAAACUAUUCCUGGUAGGAAAGUUGUUAACAGAUAAAAAAAAUAAAUAAAUAAAUAAACAUUGUAAAACCAAUACAUUCCUCGUUUUGGUCAGAACUUAAAACAACAAUAAUUAUUACUACAUCAGGCUUAUCAUAGUUUUAAUCAAACACCGGCCUCGCGUUUUUGAUUACGAAAUGUAUUUUAUCGUACAUUGAUGAAUCACACUUUGUCUGUUUAGAAGGAAUGCGGGGAGUUUAGGGGGUGGGGGUUCUGGACUUCCACAAUUUAAAAGAUUAGAAACCGACCGCCGAUUCCAACUGCGAAGUAUACAAAUUCCCAUUUUUUCAAAGCAAAUAUUGUAUUACUCGUAGUAUACCUAGGUAGACUCGUCUUUCGUCUAGCUAUUUUGCCGGACGUGACUCUUUUCGAUCUUAAUCGCACCCAUCACUUUUCGGCCAAACCAAUAACAACAGUUACAUGUUAUACAUAUUGGAAAAGUAUAAAAUAUGAAAAAAAAAGUUAUAGAACACACAUAAAAAUUAACGUAUACAAAUGAUCAAAUAUGUAUAAGUAUGCAUUAUUAUAUUAUAUAUCUUAUCAAUUGUUAUAACGCUGCGAUAAAGUCAUGAAAACCCGUUGAUAUUUAUUUGGUAUUUAUAUGAGUAUCAGCUUUUGUGCCCAAACGAAAAUAGUUUCACUGUUUAACGAAAACAGAAGGUUUGUAAAAACAAAUAAGUAAGGUUUUUUUCUUCUGAAAAUAGAUAUUUUAGCUUUAUACUUAUUUUAUCAUUACUAUAGAUCGUCUUUUUCACAGAUGAUCUUUAUCGCCUGUAUAUUUUUUGUUUGGUCGAAAACAGUUAUGCCCGCUUUGCCCCGACCGAUUUGAGUUCUGACAUGAUCUAAGUCCGUCCCGUUUCGAGGUUCGCAUCCAGAAAGUCUCGAAAUAUAGAGUUUUCUGAAUAACCGUGUACCCGGCCUUCAAAUUUUUAUCCGGGCUAUUGUUUUUUUUUUUUUUAGAUUUUAUACAAUUAUUACUCCUACUUUUAAAUCGCGAAAAUAGGCCAAAUGUAUGUGGUGGAAGGGAGAUGCGUAUUGUUUAAACUAGAAAGAGUCAAAAUAACCACUUCGUGGAACUUUGGCAAUGGUAUUUCAAAAAACAAAAAAAAAACUAAUGUAUCUAUUUAUGUAGGCAUGGCUAAUGAAUCGACUUUGAUGAUUAUUUUUUUUUUUUUUGUUGAAGUUAUACUGGUUUUAAAAUGUUUUUCGCAAACGUUAUUAUACGGGUAUACUAUGUAUAGAAAUUGCAACAAACCGGCGUUUUGAUAAAUGUAAUAAUUUUUGGCUAAUAAAUAUUUGUAAAAAAAAAAAAAUAUUUUUUUUUCCAUUGCAGUACUAUGUGCGACUGGCUUUUAAAUUUUUUUAAUAUUUUUUUGCAUUUACACAUUUCAUAAUAUACAAGGUGAUUGAACAUUUAUGUUACAGCCAUUUUAUCAUGUAAAUAUUGAAAAUAGAGAAAAAAUGUAUGGUACAAAAGUUUUUCGAUUUAUAAACGUCUAAAAUAAUUUAUACAUAUUUUUUUUUUUAGGGGGAUUUCGGGGGUCGAAUUUUAAAAUUCAAUUCGGAACCUAUAUUAAAAAUUCGAUAAAUAGAGACGGAGCGUCAGAUUAAAUACAUUUUAGCGUUGAAACGUUUGAUUUCGUCAGGUUAGGUUAGGUUAGGUAAGGUCAACCCGUUGACGAGAUAUUCUACUUUUUAAUCUAGGUACCUAUGACUAGAAGAUUAAGUGGAACACUACGUGCUCGUGUGUUGGCACAAUUGAAUUUCAAAAGUUGACCCCCGAAAACCUCCCCGAAAAAGAAAGUAAAAAAAAAUAAUACAUACAAAUUAAUUUAGGCGUUUAUUAAUCGAAAAACUUUUUUAUUGUGCAUUUUUUCCCUCCUUUUGUUUUGCUCGAUAAAACGGCCGUGACAUAAAUUUUGAAUUGCCCUGUAUAUACGCGCACAGAGAGAUAAUAAACAAAAAAAGCAAAAAAAAAAAAAACUGGCUAGUUUAUCCUUUAUCCUCGAUCUCGUCUCUCUUAUACAGCCGUUGUUCUUUGUUUGGAAUACGGUCGGGUUUUAUAUAAUGUACUCGGAAAACCCACUGGCAGAUAACGACGUCUCGUAGUUAUUAAAAUAAAAAUAUGAACGUGUGGGUAAUGGGUAUUAUCAGUGUAGACAGACAUAAUAAUAUUAUUGCCUGUCCAGUUGUUUUUAAUAACGAAAAGUUUCACAUGGCCGUACAAUAUUAAUCUUGUUUUAAUUUCUUAUAUUACCCGGGGAAAAAAAAAAGAAAAAAAAAAAAGGUUAUUAUUGGAGAGUAUACAGUGGAAAGCGAGGAUUUAACGGAAUUGAGUCGCGCGAAAAGGACAGCACGGAGAUCCGCGGCAAACCGAUUGGUUGAUUGAAGACGAGAAGAGAGAAACGAGGGAGGACUACGGCAAAAAAAAAUCCGGCGAAAAAUACGCGAACGCGGAAUUUAUCAUAAAAAUAAUUUAGUCAAACAAAUUUAUAAAAUUAAUCACUACGCGUUAUUAUCCCCCUUCCCUUUUCCCCUCUACCCUGUUAAAGCGACUAGUAUAAUAAUAAAUCGCAUCAGUUUUUUUAUACCGAGCAUUUAUUAAAUUUUUGAAAUUUACUUUAAUAUUAUUAUUUUUGUUUUGUUUUUUUUUUUUUUUUAUCGCGAUUCUUACAUGAUUAAAACGCGUUAUUGUAAUAUUAAUAUCCAUACCUGGAGUAUACGUGACUAAAUAAAAGUAAUUUAUACGGUUUAAAAUUGAAAUGUAUACAAAGUACGUAAAAGGCGGUUAGUUUAAUUUACGUUGGUGUAACGUACUCGAUCCGGGCAUUAUAAUAUUAUUAAAGCGUAGUUAUUUUGUAAUACCUCAUUUUAUAAUUAUAAUUCUUCCGAAACUCGAAAUUAAUCGUUAUUCGGACGGGCAUACGACAUUGUAACAAUACAGUAUAAGUAUCCGUGUCUGGCCAUUAAAAUUCACUUAUUCCCAAGUUACUAUUAGUAAUCGUCGGGAUCGGGUGGGAUAAUUAAUUUUUGUUUACCGCACGCCAUUACCCGAUUCGGAUUAUAAAACGGACGUUUCAAAUCGAUUUUGAGUCUGUGUUUUUUAAUCCUCGUUAAAAUAUCUACAAUUUCCGUGUAACCGCAAAUAUUUCAGAUUUCAAUUUCAGCUGCCGUCGUGAAUAGUCAGGCGCCGACUAGACCGCCGACUUUGGGGAUGCUAAAAUCAUGGACACGUUAAACCCCCGUAGGUGCUAUGAUGCCCACAAUCCCCUCUCCACGACACUUGCAAUAAGCGACUUGACGUUUCUUUUGCAAUUUUGUACAAUAUACAAAUAUUUUAUAACUAUUUUAACGACAGAGUAGAUGGAUCGCUGAUAAAAAUAUGAUGUACACCGGAUUCCAGAAACCUUGAUUUUUCCAAUAAUUACCAAGAUUUCUUAUAUGAUUUUCUGAAAAAUUACCGAAAAUGUCCACGACUACCGAACAUUUAUACACUGAUUUCCGUUAGAAUACCCUCUGAUUUUAACAUAAUUUUUCAUACCCGCAUGAAAUACACGGGAAAAAAUAUUAAGUCGUUACUGUAAAAAAGAUUAUUGGUUUAUUUUUUCGAGGGGUGCUCAAGACCUCCCCUACCACCCCUUAGUCGCCUCUAUAAAUUCAUAAUAUCGAUUGAAAUCGAGCGUGUACCAAUAGUAAAUAAACUUAAUUUUUACUCGGUAACGACUCGAUUUGAGGAGACAGGAAUUGAGUAAGUGAGGGAGGCAAACCUCAUUAGCCCUUUACUAUUUGCCCCCCCCCUGCGUAUUAUUCGGCGCUUAAGUUAUUAAGGCGUUUAAAGUGUCAACAAAACCCGUUCCAUACAUGGUAGAAGAUUCAGUUAUUUUUUUGUAAAUUGAUUAAUCGGUUUUAUACGUGUAUAAAAAAAAAAAAAAGAAUAAAAAAUUUAAUGGCGAUUCAUUUUUUACGGUCGAUGGUUUUUAUCCUGGCACACUCAACAUAGACAGCACUCGAAUGCGCGUUUCACGAAACCGCGUUUUGAACGCACAAUAUUUAGAAAACUACACUAAUGCCACGUUAAUAAUAAUUAUACUCGGUAAAUAACUUUUUACGACGACGUCGUGACCUCUAAGUUAAUAUGGAUCGGAUUACGAAACGAACAGCCACCGCCGCCGCUGUCCGCAGCAUAAUACAAUACUAUAGAUUUUUGUAAAGCCGAAAAUGUCGGUUUCGCUCGGACAUAAAAAAGAAAAUAAAACCGUACAGGGUGUUCUUUGCGGGAUUUGCGAAAUUUCUUAUCACGCGCCCGAUCACUAAUAAUACUAUUGUUGUCAAACCCUACAUAUUAUACACGCUGUGUAUAUACCCGACCGUGUGAAAUUUGGCCGCCGGUACCUACUUCUAUUAUGUUCAACGCCCGACCAAAACGAAUCUAAUAAAGAUCGAAACCAAAUUGUUAUUUUGUUAAUAUUAUAAAAUUGUACGUAUUAAGACGCGAGGAAAUCGUGUUUAUACAAUAUUAGCGCGGCCGUAAUACUAAUAAAAAUACACGAGAAACUAACAAAGAAUUAUACGAGUCCAACGACUGAAAUACAUAAAAACAUUAUACAAUAAUAAUCAUACUUGCUCAUAGUACUAAUUUUUGUGCAAUUCUCGCGAAAUAGACCUGAUAACGCGCGUGUUUUAGUUCGUAAUUUCAGCUGAUAAGGUCUCUAAAAUUCGACUCGGUGUUUUGUAACAUUGAUAAUACAAAUUAUAUAGGUGAAACCGUUGUUAUUAGGUCUGGUUCGAUCAGGUCUCGGAGGCGUGCGCAGGGAGACGGACGUUAGGGGUCAUAUCUACAUCUCCUCCAGGGUGGCUUUUUAACGUAACAACUACGAUUGUGUGUGUGUGUGUGUGUGUGUGUGUGUGUGAGUGAGUGAGUGAGUGAGUGUGGGCGCGGUGUAAUUUAAUCUUGAAAUGUAUGUUUGUAUAUAUAUAUAUAUAUUAUUUUUCAGCCAAGUUGCGAGGGAAAGCUUGAUUUAUUGUGAUUAAACAUUGGUCUUUAGGAUCCGGCUUUUAAAUUCCCAUUGUCGAGUCGGGUAAAAAAGAAUGGAUUCUUUUACGAUUCCCAUUUGCUAAAUCUUCUCUCACAUUGAACGUCUCCGGACACACGGUCGCUAGUCUUGUAUUUCGCGGACUUUUGAAGUCCUAUGCACACGAUGAUAUAGUUAUAGUAGUUAGUUACUUACUUUCGCGGUACACGUAUCCAUCACAUAGACAGCGUCCUUAUGCGAUGAUGUAUGCAGCGCGAAGUGAUAGCAGUACGCGACAUAUUAUAGAUGAGGCGGUAGUAGGUGGCGCGUAUAUUAGUAACGGCGGUAGUUACUAUUUCACUGUCACGACGUCACGCGACAGUAAAGUAGACAAUAAAUAAAUGGACCGAUUCGAUAUUGUCGGGAGAGAACCAUAAUUACGAAAUUUCGACGUUACAUAAUGGGCUGUAAAAUUUUUUCUAUAUUAUUCAUAGACAGUAAAUAAAAUAAUAUUUGACUUGAAUGUUCUGUUAAUAUAUGGAAAUUCGGUUCCCAGUACUAUUUACAACAAAUGCAAAUGAUUAUUAUAAAUCCAUAAUUACUUACCGCGAACUAAACGACAUUGAACAUUUGAUAAUUAAUAUCAACUAUCAGAAAAAAUUAUGGAUUUUAGUUAAUGAUUUGUUACAUAAUAUAAUAUAACCUUAAAAAAAAGCCUCUGUCCCGUUGUGUUUCUCUUGUAGGUCGUACGUUAUAACAUUCUCUUUUCCUCGAAAAAAACGAGAUUUCUUCCGGAGACAGUAUACUAUAGACGUGUCCUGUCCAUAUUUGAUUAUUGUCUACGGAUUUCGUAACCGUCGACUAUCAAGUGAUGGUUGCUUUCGCGAUAGUCCGGCUGUGAAAUUACACACCGCGAUAGUGACUAGCGUCGUGCGGACCGAGCUCGAUCCGUUCAAAAUAUCGUUUGUCAAAUAUUGUUAUUGUGACCGCUGAUAAUUUAUGCGAAUAGGUCGUUGUACUUUUAACUGUAUUUAUACGGUACCUAAUCCGGUUUCGUCGGUUUAGUCGGUAUUUCGUUUUUUGUUCGCGGUCGGAAGUUUAUAAAAAAAAAAAAAAAGCAUUUAUAGGUGAUAGAUUGUAUAUUUUUUUAGUAAAUGUGUAUAAUACGUAUAUAGGUACCGUAAUGUAGAUAAACGAAAAAAUAUAUUUAUCGCGUAUAUUAUAAUAAUACGCCUAUUCCGUGGUAUUUGAUCGAAACCGAAAAAACAAACACAUCUAUAAACGCCUUAUUAUAUAGAGUGCCAUAUAGCGAACGAAAUUAAUACUAAAAUAUAAUACGACCGUAAAGGAUAAGGUUAAAAAAUAAUGAUUUUGUGUGUCCGAGCAAUUUCGUGGGACGGUAUAGAAUAUUAUAGACUUUUGCGUGCGGAAAUAGCUUAUAGAUUGGUAAAAAAAAAAAAAAACCGGUAUCUCGAAUUUCGUUAUUAUUUUUUCCAUAGCAUUUCCAUCUCGGAGAAUUAUAAAAAUACUUUUUUUUUUAUAUAUAUAUAUAUAUAUAUAUUUAUACCUGAUACGUGUGUGUGUGUGUGUGUGUGUCGGAUUACACUCGUCCCAAACGCACAAUUAUCGUUCGCGAUAUAUAUUUAUUAGUUUUUUUUUUUUUUUUGUUAUAUUUUACGUUAUAUUACGCUGUAAUACGGUGUACCGUACACGUUUAUUUACACGUCGUGCUCGCGUUUUUAUUGUCAGUUCGGAAUUCCGGCGACGAAACACCACAGGUGGGUAACGUCGGUUGGGUCGGGUCAGGUUAGAUCUCGCUUAUAAUAAUACAAUGUAAAAUGCAUGUGUGGCGCGCCGAUCGCAGUUUCGUCGUCCCGUACGCGCGCGCGCGCCCCGCUCGGAUUGGUUCGUCCGUAGUUCUUCCCGGCUACAAUUAUUGACCUACCUGUCGGCAGAUGGACUAGUAUCCUUCAGUAAGUUACCUACAGCCGUAUAGUUUCAUCCCGGAGACUCGAUUUAAAAAAAAUUCAAGUCGACAUCGAUCGCGUUGCCCGUAUCGGACAAUGUCGUUUUAGACGACGAUACACUUGCAUUAACCUAUCGUAAUUAAUUAUGCUCCUAUACUGUACGGACACGCGUUUCGAACGCAUUUCAAUAGCGACCAACACUUUUAUGGGCGCUUGUGUACAAUCGAACAAUUUGAUUAGAAAUAAUGAGUAAAUACGUAGAUGUAUAGUCGCAGCGCUCGAACGGGGAAAAUAAAAUAAAAACGGUUACAAGACUAAAAACAAAAAAAAAAAAUGUAGAGCGUCCCUUGCAAUCAUCGAACUCGUCCUAACUCGUGAUGGGCUUCGCAAACAAAACGAAUGGUUUUUUGUUGCCCCGCGAUGGCGCCCCGACAAUUUAACUCACGGUUUAUCGUGAAUUGCAAUUAAUGGCAAACAAAAAAAAAAAAAAGUUCAGCGUAAUGUAAUACUGUUUUUUUUUUCCUGUAUAAGCGUUCAAAGUUCAUAGUUUGACGAGAAUGCAAAAAAAAAAAAAACUAUUUACCGUUCUACUUCAAACUAACUGUUAGAGGCACGCUCUAGAGUUUCUAAAAAUGUAGACCCAUCGGAAACGCAGGCUUGGAAACGACGAGCCGAGCACAUCGCGUUACUCUAAACGGGCGGAGGAAACGCGCGUUUGCGAUUUCGGCUUGUACGUUUUUUAAUCUAUUACGGUUAUUCAUACGGUUUUGGAAAACCGUACGCGACGGCGUAUACCCGACAGCUGACACUGUACGCAACUACUUAAAACAAACGAACGUCGAAUAUGUGACGGUAAAAAAAAAACGAGAAACCCUCGAACUUGAAAACACGAUGCGCCCGUCGAGAGCGUGUUUUGGUUCGAGCUAGAAAAUGUUUUCUCUCGUCUUCAGUCCGUACGGGACGGGGCCCGUCGCCGCAGUUCCCCGUACGCUUUCCCAACGCGAUUCUCCAUCCCACUCGUAAACCAUCCACGUCCCGCGCGUCGUUAUCACUAUCGCGGUCCGUACAUCUGCGCGUUCCGUCGCCGCCGCGACGUCCCAUGGAUUUCGCCGUCCGUUCCGAAUUUCCGUUUUUGCGUUCCGCGUCCCCGGUGUUCUCGUUUCAUCCCCGUCCGAUCGGCAUUUUAUACGUUGAAUCCGUAAAACGCGCGUUGUUCCUGCGCGAAAGUCCGAAGCGCCCCAACAACGACAGGUCCCGGAUCGCCGCGCGGCCGGAUUCACGACGAUUCGAAUGACAGCGUUGAAAUUUUCGAAAACCGUAUUUGUCGGCCGUAACGAGCGAAAACGCGAUAGUUCGAACCGUGCGUGUGUUAGCUAAAUACCCGGCGAAUAAAAAUCGAUAUAACUCUACGUCCAAUCCGAUGCCAACACCCAAAUAACGUAACAUUGUUCGUCAGAUAAAAUAAUGAUAAAAAAUAAUUUAGCCCGUUUAUAAUUUUUCGCCGGUUAAAAAACUUCAAUUGCGUACUACAUUGCCAUAACGAUUAUUGUUAAACGCGUUGUAAAAUACGAUGGCGUUUAAGCGGUUUGUGAAACUGUAAAACGUAUUCGUAUUGUCUUGUAAAAAGAAGAAAAAAAAAACUGACAACUGUUGUAGGUAAAAAGUUGGGAACGUAUAGGACGCAGAGGGAAAUUUCGUGUGUACCCGUGCGCAACGGUUUUUUCAAAAACGAUUCUGAGCGGAAUUCGAUUACGCGUAUUUACGAUUUUCGACAAAAUCUGAUAUUAAAAUUCUUAUGAAAAUACAAAAAAAUUACAUUACGUAUUUUUGAUCACAAAGUACGACUCGUAAUAAAUCUGCUGCGUAAUCCUGUUAAGUUGUCAUGCAUUUCUGUUUGGUCUAACAAUCGUAUCCACAGAGGUACCUACCGAGUAAAACACUCCGUAAAAUUGAAAAUAUUACAUUUCGUACAUUUUCCCGCUGUCCCGUUUUUUACGUUUUUUCCCCCAACUAUUAUGAAAACCUCUAGAAAAAAUCGAAAAUUGCCCUCUCUAAAUUAACCACCCAGAUAGAAUUUCUUAUCAGAAAAAAAAAAUAAACAUCAUUGUAAAAUCAAUACUCUAAACAAUUUUUUAAAAACCCUGCGGACGGUUUGUGUGAAAUUAUAAAACCGCGUUCCGAGCGUUUAUCAAAUGAACAUAAUCCUUAUUAUUUAAUCGGCGUUUGUUUGUGCGUCGCACGGCCAAUUAUAAUACUAUACCCCUACAGUAUUUGCGCGCUAUUUCGAAAAGCCACGUUUCGAUUUCGUUUUGUUUUACCUAUCCCUAUACUUGCUGUACUCGGAGCGCAUUUUUCGAUAGCAAAAUUAUAAUAACAUGCGCGUAUUCAAUCGAAAAAAAAAUCGGGGUCUAAAAAGAAAAAUACCCCGUUCGCUAUAACCGUUUUCUUAUCAGCGAACAUUGAACGGACUGUUACUGUUCAAACACGAACAGUUUCGAUAAAUGUUUAAAAAAAACGAUUUAAUUUCAAACCGAUUUACGUGUCCGUCACACAACCGCGUUCUAGACGCGAUACGUUCCUCGUUGUUUCAAUCAUUAUAAUUCGACCUGAAUGUGUAUAAUGAGUAUUUUUUAAAAAAAAAAAACCAAUCGCAAAAACCUCCUAUUAUAUAAGACGUAACAUCCGCUAACAAAUACUACCCCGUGUACUUCGUAUGUAACAUAUUACAACGUGUAACAAGGUAUAAAUCGAAUUCAUUGAAAAUCGCGUUUUAACAUUUUACAUUACCUAACCUGACCGUGUGCGUUUUUUAACCGAUUGUAAUUUGUGAGUGUUUUUUUUUUUUUAUUUCGUGACGAUUUCGCAAGGUAUACUACCUCGUAUACCUAUAACUCGGUUUCGCAUAAAAUUAUUUUUAUUAUUAUUUUUUUUUUCCUUAUUCUGCGCUCGCUUCCACGGUUUUCGAAACUUCUUUAAAAAUUCAUAACAAACAAACUCGACGAUAAAAUUAUACUUUUAGAACAAUAAUACGCACAAUGCACCCGUUAAUUUAGUCGCGUUGUUUUUUUUGGUUUUCACUCGCUCGCGGUAUUUUUUUGAAAAUUCAGCGAAAUUCCAUUAACGACUGCUUUAUAAUUGUUAUUAGAGUCGAAUCGAUAAAAUAAUCCAUUUUGUAAUAGAAUCUUAAGCCGUUUUUUUUUUUUUUUUUAACGAUAUUGAAUAGACGCCGUGUGACGUUUCGAUAUCCGAUGAAAUAAUACAAUUGAUUCGGAAUACUCCGUUUUUUUAAAUAAAGUACUUGUACCUAUUUCGGGGGAAAAAAACACUUGCGAAGUAAUAAUUAUUUUAAAAUUAAUGAAACCUAUGAAUAUUUAAAUAUCCGUUAAAAUAUUUUACGUUUCACCGAUAAUCGGUGGUGCACAAGUGCGGCUCUAAGUCAUUCGAAAUUAUUCCGAAUUCAGUGGCGGCGCGAAGUAUUUUAACUCAUAUCGUUUGAGAAUCGUUGGCCAUCGUUUAAAAAUCAAACGUGAAUAAUAGUGUUGAAAUAAAUAAGCUUAAACGCGUAACGAAUAGAAAUCAAAUUUACUUAAAAUCUACCGAGAAGAAAAGAAUCACGAUAAAAAUCAUUGCCGCAGCACAUUGUAGCGUUUAAGGUUAUUUUUUACGAUUUUUAAAACGAUUUCAACCGGUACGUUUAUAUGCACGGCCACAACAGAAUUUCGCGAGAAAUUCUCCGGUGCGGUGAUAAUUUUUAACGGAUGCAUUUUAUAAAUAGACCCGGUAAACCCUUGAGGUUUCGACUUUAGCAAAAAAAUAUUCCGUAAAAUCUAUUCCGAGAGCUACAUACCUGUAUAGUAGAACACCAUUCCGUGAAGUAUUGAUCAUUCGCUCUUGGAACACACUGUAUAUAGAGGCUUUUUUUUUUUUUGCUAUUGUUGCCGCUAUUGAUCUCUCGACACAGAAAUUAGUUAAACCGUUUGUGCGUGUGUGUGUGUGUGUUUUUUUUUUUUAUACGUAAUAUAGUCCCGACACUCGAGUUUAUUAUUGCCCGAUACCGAUGUAUACGUAAACGAUUGGACAAUAUAAUAUCUCGGCGUGCGCUAUCGAAACAUAAAAACUAAAUCGUAAUAAUUUAAUGCGCCGAACACACAAGUGGCCUACUUAUGUUAUACUCUGUAUAGGUAUAUGAAUUGUUAAUUCCGAGGUAUUGACUCGUGUGCGUUUAAGAACUGCAAUUUUAGGUGUUGGGCCGGCGGGUAUGGAUAGGUGUUUGAACAACACGUCGACGGUAAUCUAGAAAACGAAGAAUCGAAACGAAACCCGUAAUUAUACAUCAUAAAUACAAUAACCUAUAUAUAUAUAUAAAAGAAAUUUUGCAAUGCCUAAAACGUUAAUUUGUAUUAAUCGUUCGCGCCACGGUCAGAUUGUGUCUUCUGUUAUUAAAAUAAUAUUACCUAUGUUAAAAUCGUAGUGUGCGUUUUGCUCUAACGGAGACGGCCAGCGAAACAGAAAUAAAAACAAAUUCUCCGGUUUCCCUUUAAAUUAUUAUAAUAAUAUCUCUCGGCGUUGUGGUGUUUAUCAGACCGGGGAACGACUGCCAUAAUAUACGGUUAUGAUAAUUUUUAUUCUGUUGUGGCACAUCCACUACUUAUUCCUAUAAUAAUAGACGCUGUUUUUUUUUCCGCCGUUUUGAUUCGGACCGUAGUAUUAUUAUCCGAUCCACUGCGAGCGAAAAUAAAAUACGACAGUCAGAUAUCGAUGCCAAUACUUAAAAACAAAAGUUUUUUUUUUUUCUCUUCUCAUCGUCGGAUGCCGUCGUCAUUUGACACCGGCGCGAUCUCGGCCGCGCGCGGAAAAAAAUGUAUCGUGUACUUGCAGUAUAGUUAAUAUCGUUAUACGCGUGCUAACGGAUGUAUGUUUUGUGUUACAGGAUUUAUUGAGUAAAAGCGGUUAUGAUGAGGGUUGA